CUGGGCGUCAGCACGAUGUUAGGUUGACAUCUGGUUACCAACAGAAGGUUACGAGUUAAAAAAUUGGAUUAUUUGAUCAUCUGACUGGGCUCGCGUAAAGGCGAGCGAUAGUGGACGCGCGGGAGGCGAACGACACGGAUUUCUUUUCAAAUCAAGGCCGCUUAUUCACCUUGACGUCUCCGUGUUUUGGAGGGAGAUACCUUCUCGUACAUAGGUCGUUGAACUCGCGAUGCUCGGUAGAUAGCUGCCUGCAGCAUGUUGCUGACGAGUUGAAGAAAUCCCAAGUUACAGCUAGAGGGUAGCCUUCUGUCGACAGCGGGCUACAUCACCACGCUACUGGGUUGUUUGCGGAUAUUUGGAUAGUCUGCGCACCGGUCCAGGUCCUCUGCUGCUGAUGGUUCGAUUUGGCGCUCCUACAACUGUGUCACAACGCCGUAAAGCCCCUCGCUGGAAGCAGGAUCAGGCAUUAUUGUGGGACUUAUUUACAUUGAGCAUUGGCGCGGUACUCAAGGCUACUUCACUUCGGGGGUAGGAUGGACGUUAUAAUGCGUAGAAUUGUUUGAUACCCUUCUGAACAACACAUUACCACGGAUUACGUGCAAUUCAACAUUGAUUGCAUGUCAAACUUUAGUUUUGUGCCAAAAUCAACGCAGAAGCCUCACACAUUGGAUGCAGUUUAAUGGUUCUGGUGGACUCCCUUGUAGACAGCAUCAGACUUUUGUCUGUGGUGCACGUGCAGUGUUAUUGUUGGAUUUAGCACGAAUUGUUUGGCUCGUUUAAACACAAAGGAAAUGUAGGAAGGGCCAGUAGCCAAAUUCAACCCAUAGUAGUUAGUUUAGAUUUGUGCAGGAGAUGGUGUGUAAUAUUUUCAAAAGGACAUUUGUGAAAUUUCGUUGAAGGAAGCCUUGUAGCGUUUAAUAAUCCAGGCACUUAACUAGUUCUGCUUGAAUUGAUAUUUUAGCUGUCUGCUGGUCCGCUAACGUGAUUGCCCCAUUGGUGCCUAAGGGGGGAAACAGAUUAAGAGAUCUUUUGGGCAUCUUUGUUUAGACACUCUUUUGGCGGAUAAGCGGGUGUUGUGUGAUGGCAUAUUAAUUUUUAAAAAGUCUUAUUGUUAAAGUUUCAUGAAAUUAUGGACGUGGGUUCCAAAGGGGCUGUGAUUGACCCCGCCAUCUCAAUGGAGAGUCAAGUGCAUCACCAACUUUCUCGGAUGGUGGAAAGUUUGUAGCGGGCAGUUGCCUCAAGCAUCCUUCUGACUCGAAGGCAGGGAGGUGACUAGCCUGUGUAGCCUAUGUUAGGUUUGUCCCCUCUUGGGACAACAGAGAAGAUAGACAACAGGGCAAAAGAGGCCACAUCAUAGAAAACAGCCAACCUUACAAAAAUGGCUGGCGACUGUACCUACAAUACGCACUAUGUUAAUGAUGACACUUUUGGCACCAUCAAGCAGUCGGCGGAUAGGCACGAGCCUGCAGAUGUCAGUGGCGUGCGCGCGGCGCCUUCGCCCUACUUCGAAGAGAUCGGCGGCUCACUUUACCGCAAAAAGUUGGAGAGGGGUUUCGUACAGUACCGAGAAGUCCUGAUCGAGGAGAAGCGACUGAACGCCAUCGCUACUUUCCAUCAGAAGCGACCGGGGAGGAGACACCACACCCUCGAGGACACAUACAGAUUCGUGGCAGAGCACUACUGGUGGGAAGGAAUGUACCUUCAGGUGAGGGAGUACGUCCUCGGGUGUGAGGAGUGCAAGCACAGAAAAACGGAGAGCCAAGAGGAGCGGUGUGUGUCCAGAACGAUGAUGUCACACAGCCAGGAAGUGCUGAGCAAGCUGAAGGCCCAGCAGGAGGCGGGGCUCUUCUGUGACAUCACGCUCAAGACGGGCGGUGGCCACGCCUUCUCUGCCCACAGGGCCGUGUUGGCAGCCGUCAGCGAAUAUUUCCAGGAAGUUUUCACUGAGAUGGACUCUGCUGCUGUGCCACAGUCCUACAUUGAUCUCACAGGCUUCAGUGAGGAGAGCUUCAUGCCAUUGCUGGAGUUCUCCUACACCUCCACGCUCACCCUGAAGCUGGAUAAUCUUCCCGAGGUCUCCACCAUGGCCCGGCACCUCCGCAUGUGGCCUGCCCUGGAGGCCUGCAAGGCCCUGCAGAGGGAGCACGGCUCCCCAGGGGCAGCGCACCAUGCUGGGCUAGCGCGCUCACUUGCCCCUGGUGGCACCUCUGCGGCUGCUGCUUCCCUGGAGGUGCCCAACAACAACAACCGGUGGACCUUUUCGCCGUUGGCACAGCGGAUGGACGCGCUCCAGUGGAAGAAAAGGCGAGAGCCGAGUGGUGGGGAGAAUGACGCCGGCGGCCUCUGUGCUGGAUCUUUCUGGAACUCUCAUACUUCUCCUCAGAACGUGGAGCACUGUACGGACGGUGCUUUCAUGCUCAGCCUGGACGCCUCAGAGGACGAGUCUGAAGGCGAGGGCUCCAGGUGGCCCGGCCUGGCCAUGCCUCAGGACCGGCUUCAUCCACAGCCCGAGGAGAACGGCUUCUCCUCCUCCUGCAGCCCCAAUCGACGCUUCAAACUCAUGGACUUCAAGUCUCCGUCCUGCAAAAGGAAGCUGGUCACGUCCUGCAGCCUCUCGUCUUCCCCAGCCUCGCCGUCGGCUGCCCACCCCCCUUCACCUGCGGGCAAACGCCACACGACCACUACUUCUGCCACGGCCUCUCAACCAAGGGCCAGGCAGGGGCAGCCGCCCGCCCGCCUGCUACGCUCCAGCCCCGGGGCCGCCCUUGCGCUCCGGAGGCUCCUGCCCAAGAUAGACCUCUCCCAGAAGAGGAAGAGGAGGCGGCUGGGCUCUGCUUUCUACCCCGGCUCCUCCUCCUCCUCUUUCUCCUCCUGCAGUCACCGACCAGCUCCUGAUGAAGCCAGUCAGAGCCAGUGCACGCCCACCAAGGUCAAGCAGGAGCCCGUGGAGGAGGAGGUUCUGAGCCCUCGGACUCAGGAGAAGUACCGUCUCCUCAGCGUGCUGGGCUUGCAGAGGAAAUCCCUGCUGCCCAACCCGGACGCGCUCAUCGGCUGGAAGCAGAAGAACAGGCUCAGGAAGCCCAAGGUCAACAACUACUCGCUUACCAACCAGCGGAAACCCAAAGCUGGGCCAAUCAGCAGCGUCGGCAUUAUCAGCAGCAGCAGCAGCAGCAGCGGCGGCGGCAGCAGCAGUGUUGAUUUGACACCGGGGGCCGAGGGUCUGACGGACGGCAUCGGCUCCAGCAUCAGCAUCAUGGCGGAGAUCAACCCCACGCUCUCCAUCUGCGACAUGACCCGCGUGGAGCUGCUGCGGCGCGUUAUCAAGGCCGAACCCCUGGAGCCCAUCAGGCACCAGAGGACCAAGAGGAGAAAGCCGGUCUACCCCGCUAGGCCAACCUUGUCUACUGUCAAGAACACCCGCAGCAGGGUGACACUGCCGCCCCUCCUGCCCACGCCCUGCCCGUCCCGGUACCAGGGAGUGCGUAAGCCACGGCCAUUGCCGACGGAGCACAAGAACGCAGUGAGGGAAGCGAGUACCACGCGGGCCGGAGUUUCGUCCUCUGCGAAAUGGCCCGUUGUUGGUGCGUCGAAAAAGCCUGCUACUGCUGCUGCUGUCGUUAUUAAACAGGAGCCUGUGAGCAGCCCGGUUUCGACUCACCUACAUGCACCGCUGUCGCACAUGCAGCACAAUCGCCACUCCAGCCACUUGCGGCAAAGGCCGUCGUCCGUGCCUUCUCCCAGACCCAGAAGGUCCGUGUUGGACGACGGGUUCGUGCGAACACGGUCCUCGGUCCUGACGGGACGUACGCAGAGGUACAACAGCAGGUGCAUGGUAGCAGUGCAGGGAGGUCGGCUGAGGCCUACCACCACCGCCACCACCCCCUCCUCCGGCCUCAGCUCCGACAAGGUCUCCGCACGCAGCAGAGCGCAGGUGCAAAGGCGCCUGAAGGAGAGGGAGAGGAGGGAGGAGGUCCCGGACUGGGCGCAGCAUCACGGCCUCCAUCAACACCCCUUAUACAAAGCCAUUAAGGAAGAACCAGCCGACCCCGUGCCCCUGUCCGCCUCCUUACCUGACCCGGAGACCCCGGAGCGGGGCAAGCGGCAGAGCAAGCUCCCCGUGAAGCUGCUGGAUCCCGGCUUCUUGUUCAGCUUCUGUCGACCGACCGGUGGCGGCGCCGGUGGCAUCAAGAGGGAGGAGGAGAGCGUGGACAUCUGCCUGACCCGCUCCGUUACCCACGGCAACGUGCCCCCGCACGGCAACCCAGCCGUCCCUGGGGACGUAAGAGGGAGCUACACCAGACUCCGCAGGAGGACCCUGGUGGAGGCCAGGGAGGCGCCGCAGCCUAGGCAGCAGGGACGCGGGCAGGGGCAGGGGCAGAGGGAUAACCAGAGGCCCAGGCUUAGGGUGCAGACGGUGGGGACGCUGCCCCAGAGGAGGGACUCCUCAUCCUCCUCCUCCUCCAAGGGGCUGAUGCGGAAGGUGAAGAAGGAGCCGGAGGAGAGGCGAGUGGCCCAGACUCGGACUCAGCGGGCCGGGCAGGAGCGCUCUAGACCAACCCCUGCCCAGAGGAGCUCCAAAGUCAAGCGGGAGCCUCCAAAGAAGCUGGUCAAGCUGCUGCCUCUGCAGAGCCGGCGCUCUGUGCUGCUGGAGUCCAUCCGGCGGGCGCGACUGAAGCAGCUGCGGGGUCCUAGUGCCCAGGCGCCGCGCGGCUCCCACUCCUGCCAGCAGUGCCGCGCCUCCUACCGCGACUGCGACGCCCUCAUCAUGCACCGCAUACGCCACAUCGAGGGCAAACACUGGCCUUGCCCGCUGUGCAGCAAGACCUUCUUCCGGCAGAAGAACGUCAAGAAUCACAUCCGCAACCAUGACCCCAAGCUGUACCGCUGUCGCCAGUGCAUGGCCAAAGCGACAUGAGGAAUUGCAUCAACGGUUACACAUUUCCUGAUAAAGAUAUCCAGCAAGUUGAAGGAAAGCAGGACAAACGGAAGGAUUCCUAAAAUUACAUUUGGAUUCGAGAUGGUUUGGAGCCUUGGCAUUUUGAAGGUGGAAAGGCACAAAAAGUUGUUUGUUUAUUUUUUAUUUUUUGGCUUUAAAAACGAUGGCUGUGAAAUACAAAGAGAAAGUGUCACACGUACCGUAUGCUCCAAACGAUAGAUGUAAUUAUUGCUCUUAUUAUUGCUGUAAUUAUAAUUAAUAUUAAUGUUGUGGUUCCAUCCAUCCUUAUUACUGUUAUUUAAAAAAUGACCAAAAUGAUGUUGUAUUUUUAUGGCAUAUAGGCAUGUAACUCGAUACCAGUUGUGAAGCACUCAGGGCUUGUGGUGAGGGUUUGAGUCUGGUCCUCUUGGUUACACUUUAUGUACAUUGUGAAUUGUUCAGAAGGAUUGAAAUAAUGAUUAUUACUACUACUAUUGUAAUUAGGCUGUACUGCUCUUAUUAUUAAUGUUAUUAUUGAUUUUUUUGAAGAAAAAAAAGUAUAUAUAGUUCUAUUGAGUGCACUUAAAAACUGGUAGCUUUGUUGUAAACCUAAGAGGGCCCCUGUGUUGGAUUAGCGAGCUGGAAUAUACUUGAAAGGUUGGACAGUGUUGUUUUUCGUAAGACUGCUAGAGCUGGCGUUAUUGGCUGGAUGGGCAGGUUUUAAAAGGCACAGAAAGCGGAAGGGGGUUGUGUAAAAGAAACAGGAGUGGUUGAAGAUUGUCCUCAAGGUUUUUAAUAAAGAUUACUGCAAGCAAGCCAUGAGUUUAAAAGACAAAAUAUUCUACUGAUUGCGAGUGGGCUUUUUUGCUCACUGUUUUAAGGAGUUGUUGUAAUAGUUGAAAGUUUUGACGAGCCCCCGUGAAAGAAUUCUUCACUGUAGUAGCCCAAUGGAACCCCCAAAUGAUAUGACAUGACAUGAAAUGGAAGCUGAAUUUUAUGUGCAGUUGUCCUCUUUUUAAAACGUCCCCAGUGUAUUUGUGAGGGUUGUUUUUCCUGCUUGUGUUUGGGGUGAACUGAUCAGAGAUAUUAUCCGAUGGCAGGCUGUUCAGAGUUUAACCUUGUGUCUACUGCCUACUUUUAAAAAGAAGGGAAUACUGCCAUAUUGCUAAUGGUUGACUUUUUUGACUCUGUAAUUGACACAAUAUGCUACUUGUUUGUUCUUAUAAUUCUUAAAAAAAGGUUAUUUGCCACCUUUUUUUGUAUUUAAAGAAUCCCUUCGCCUUUGCCUCAACGAGCAUAGGAUGAGACCUUUUAAAUGUAUAGAAUGUUGUUUUUGUCUAACAGUUAAGGGUUCAACAACAGCAACGACUGAAACUGAAUAAAUUUGGAAUUUUA